CUCCUCCUUUGGGGUCCGGGUUUUGCCUGCCGGAGAGCGGGAGGGUCGGGGCCGGAGCCGGGCAAGGGAGAAGCCCCGUCUGGAAGGUGAUAAACAGAUUCGAGAGUUUGCAGUUCUGCAGUGCCAUUACGGAGGGAUCGUUCUGAGGUGAAAAUGGAGCAGCAAGGCCCCACAGGCCCCAGAUCAGGGGAAGGAUCAGAGGGGAGAGGAAAACCCCCUCAGGUUGUCCAGGCUGGGAGUAUGAAGGAAUUCCUGGAACAGAGACUGGGAGAUCCAGUCGAUCAGCAUGCAGGGCAGGGUUCCCUUUCCCUUGAGCAGUGGGAAGCCCAGUGGCAGGAGUUCCUCAGGACAUUAGAGUCUACUCAUUCUCAGUGGAGAAUCCCACUCUUGCCAUGUAAACCUUCACCCUGGGACGAUGCCAAGGCCUUUUUGGCCUCCUUUGAGCAAGUGGCUGAUGCCUGUCAGUGGCCCCAGGAAGCGUGGAUCACGCGACUCCUGCCAGCACUCAGUGGAGAAGCUGAGAUAGCCUUCAACAGGAUGGAUGGCAGAGACAAAGAGGAUUAUGGGAAAGUGAAAGCAGCCAUCUUGAAAAUGGAUGCACUGAUCCGGGAGAAGCAGAGUCAGCGGUUCAGGCAUUUCUGCUACCAGGAGGCCGAGGGGCCACGGGAGGCUUGCAGUCAGCUCCGGGAAAUGUGCCGUGGGUGGCUGAGAGUGGAGAAUCACAGCAAGGAGCAGAUCCUGGAGCAGCUACUGAACAUCCUACCCCUGGAGAUCCAGCGCUUGGUGAGGGAGACCGGCCCUGAGAGCUGCUCCCAGGCCGUGGCCCUGGCUGAAGAGUUCCUCUUACGGCAGCAGGAGGCCAAGAGGCAGGAGAAGCAGCUGCAGCGAAAAUGCUUCUUGCAUUAUACUGGAAACAAGGCAGACUUCCAAAAUUGCAGCAGUGGUACCAGAAAGUGUGGGAUAUCUUCACCAUAGAGAAAAUCUUCACUCUGCUGAUAAUCCACAGCAUCAUUCAACCUUCUUUACACGAUGGAUGCCUUUUUUGAACCAUCUUCAUGCUACCAAUCAACUGCUGAAUGCAGAUAUAAACACUUUCAGCUUUUUGGCAAUCUUAUGAUUCUUCUCUCGUAUUGUACCUUCUCUAACAAUAAUGUACUUUUCAGUGAUAGCUGAUCUCUUAUUGGCUGUUCCAAGGUUCACUGGUUAUGUUUUUUGAAUGUUAUGUGUAAAUUUUUGUUUAAAUUAUUAUGUAUUCCAGAAAAUCAGAA